UGAGUGUUCUGACGUUAGUGUUGACUUGACAGUAGCUUGGGUUGUGAGCUUCUGUUUUUUUAGGAUUUAAUUGUAAAUAUUUAGCAUAAUGAACGAAAACGACGAGGAGCUUACUACAUUUUGUGAUUCAGCAGCUGCAUUGGUAGAAGGCUGUAGAUUGCCUGUUCGCAUGCAGGGAGGCAAUGACUGGCCUCUAGCUGAAAUCAUAAGUAUUAAGGAGAUUCGUGGGCAACGAGGUUACUACGUGCAUUAUGUUGACUUCAACAAACGCCUUGACGAAUGGGUGUCCGAGUUGUGGUUGGAUACUCGCAAGGUGCAGUUUCCUCGGAGAGAUGGGGCGCCAGCACCUGCCGGCACCGUCACUCCAAAGAAGACACACAUUGGAUCAGGAGGUGGCAUUAUGCCUCAUGUUAUUAAUGAUAGAGUCUGCAAUGACAUACCGAAAUCUAGUAGUGAUACGAGUAGAGAAGCUAGUGUGACCCCAUUACAGCACAAAGCCCCGGAGAGAACACAUUAUGGCGAAGCGCUCAAUGGUUCCAUUCACAAAAAUGCACCUGUGGGCGGUACGCCGACGGCGGAGCCGCGGGCGCUGGUGUCGCGGCCCGCGAGCCCCACGCUGUCGGCGGAGGCGCCGCUCGUCAACGGCCAGGCGGUGCUGGCCGCCGCGCUGCACAACAAGAAUAGAAAAAGGAAAGCUAAUUCCAUAGACAACGAGUCGGAGGCGGGGGAAGAAGCGGACGCGACCCCAUCAGGCGCGGCCACACCGACCACGAGACCGCGGCAGUCGGGCUCCCUCGUAGCACACGGGCACGACGACUUGGUCACACGUAUGAAAAACAUCGAGAUGAUAGAACUCGGCAAGCAUAGGAUCAGGCCUUGGUACUUCGCUCCCUACCCACAGGAAAUGGUGAAUCUCCCCUGCAUAUACAUAUGCGAUUUCUGUUUAAAAUAUAGGAAAAGUAGAAAAUGUUUGGAAAGGCACUUGAUCAAAUGCAAGCUAAAACACCCUCCCGGAAACGAGAUCUACCGCAAAGGAAGCAUCUCGUUCUUCGAGAUCGACGGACGGAAAAACAAGUGCUACGCGCAGAACCUCUGCCUGCUGGCCAAGCUCUUCCUCGACCACAAAACGCUAUAUUACGACACUGAUCCGUUCUUGUUCUAUGUUAUGACGGAAUUCGACUCUAGAGGAUUCCACAUAGUAGGAUAUUUUUCAAAAGAGAAAGAAAGUACAGAGGACUACAAUGUAGCUUGUAUACUGACUCUACCUCCAUACCAAAGAAAAGGAUAUGGAAAACUUCUAAUAGAAUUUAGUUACGAACUGUCAAAGUUCGAAGGCAAAACAGGUUCGCCAGAGAAGCCGCUCUCGGAUUUAGGACUGCUGUCCUAUCGCAGCUACUGGGCGCAGACCAUCCUGGAUAUUCUGAUGCACAGCAAACCAGUUGGCGACAAUGAGAAACCCAUCAUCACUAUAAAUGAAAUCUGCGAACUGACUAGUAUUAAAAAGGAGGACGUGAUAAGCACUCUACAGAACCUGAACCUCAUCAACUAUUACAAGGGCCAGUACAUCAUCUCCGUCAAUCAGGAACUGAUGCAGCAACAUGAAAAGAGUAUGGAGAAACGUACGCUGAAGAUUGACCCCAAAUGUCUGCAUUGGACGCCUAAGGAUUGGUCGAAACGAUCCAAAUGUGUUUGAGGAGCUGCGAGCUAUAACUCUGGCUUCCGACACGUACGCAUUUUGUUCAUUUUGUAUUUAAUCAAAUAUUCUAAUGCAACUCAUUUAUUUAUUGCGAUCUCAUCAUCUGUCACUGCAUUUUCCUGAAAUUUUUCCACUUUUUAUCAAAUCACUAACAUAUUCGUACGUUGAUUAUUUAAAAUUCACAACUAAGAGGAGUUUUUGGCAUCUUUUGUAUAGUUUGUCAAAAAAGUCGUGACAUUCAAACUGUCUGCUCCUACAUUUUAUUAAUUUUCCGCUUCUUUCUACUGAAGGAAAUGGCUGGCAGAUUUUAUCUCUCAAUAUUGAUGAAAAAACGAUAUUGUGUUUUGAUUAUAAAAUACCUAUCAGCCGAUAUUUAUUUUAUGGGAGUAAUAUUCUAACUGCAAGUUCAUACAAUUUUACUGAAUACUUACUUAGUUUCUAAAUAAGAUGCAAGUAACAAAAUGAGGAGUGUCUUUUCAAAAUGACUUAUUGUGUAAGUCACUAAGAUUUAUUUCUCUAGGAAGACAUAGUUAAAAAUAACCUCUCUGUUGACUUAUAGAAAUAAGUCCUUUUGAAAAGACACUCCUCAAAUAUUAUUUAUUAUGAAAACAACACGGAAUUUACUUAUGUUGUUGUGAAUUUUAAACGUCGUUGUAGAAUUUGUAAUUUUGUAGGUAUUUCUUUCUUUAUCAUCUUAGGUAUUUAUUUGUAUGCUUGUAUAUUAACAUCUAAUCUGUAUAAGUUGUAUUAAAUGCAUCUAUUAAGAAAUAAUUAUUACUUACACUUAAUAUACUUCAUUGCUUUUCAUUACUUAUAAAUUUUUAACCAUUCAUGGCAUUGCUAUUUUAGUUUGAUCAUAUUUCUUCUAGGUUUCUUCCAUUAUUCUUUCGGCGAAAUCAUCUUCUCAUAGUUCUCAUAUCUUCAAUCCAAACAAAUAAUCGUGAUAUCUUUUUAGUACAGUACAGAUACCUACAGAGAUUUAGCUUUAGUAACUCUGUUGAAUAAAUAACUGAUAAACAUAGUAGAAUGAGAGAGAAAAGAUGAAUUCGGCGAAAUAUUGCAAUAAAUGUAACACAUGCAGAUGUAUGAACUCAUAUUAUUCUGUAGCUUUCAUAAAUAUAACGGCAUGUUUUUUUGUAUAAUACAAGUAUAAUUUUUCAGCCCACAUUCAGAACUUUUAUUAAGUAACGUAAAGUAAACAAAUCCAAGAAAAAUAACAGAAUUAUUUCGUACGUCAAUGUGAGUCACUUAAAUCCUGAGAAUGUAAUGUAACUUUAAGUCAGCGACAAAAAAUGUUUCGUUAAAUAUUUUUUCUUACUAUAUGUAAGUAUUGUAUCUAUAUCAAAGAAAAUCAAUAUAAUAAAAAAAAAUAUCACCUAAGUUAGGUAAUAUUUAGUUUCUUAA